CCACGAGUCACAAUGCCCAUUGUCGACUCCUUCCAGUCCAUCCAGGAGAAGGUCCACCCGUCCCUGUAGGAAUGCCCACUCUAAUACGUUGCCAGGCUCCAUCCACGGCCCUGUCCAUCGCUCAUCCUCUCGCCAUCCCACCCCUUGAGACUGUCAUCACUGCAACCUGCCGUCUCCUGCACCAUGAACGAUGAAGUCAUCAGCACCAACGCACUGGCCUGGUUGGUCUGCUCUGGGGUGUCCAUCCUGGCUAAUGCCUGGGGCAUCCUAAGCGUAAGCGCCAAGCAGAAGAAGUGGAAGCCUCUGGAGUUUCUAAUCUGUACCCUGGCCGGCACUCACAUCCUCAACAUGGGCAUCCCUAUCACCAUGUACUGCGUCAUCCAGCUUCGACGACAGCACUCCACUUACGAGUGGAACGAAGGACUCUGCAAGGUGUUUGUGUCCACCUUCUACACCCUCACGCUGGUCACCUGCUUUUCAGUCACCUCUCUUUCCUACCAUCGCAUGUGGAUGGUGCGCUGGCCUGUCAAUUACAGGUUGAGCAACACAAAGAAGCAGGCCGUUCACACCGUCAUGGGGAUCUGGAUGGUAUCUUUUAUCCUGUCCACGCUACCCGCUGUGGGCUGGCACGACACCAGCGAGCGCUUCUACGCCCACGACUGCCGCUUCAUCGUGACCGAGAUCGGCCUAGGUUUUGGCGUCUGCUUCCUGUUGCUGAUCAGCGGCAGCGUGACCAUGGGCGUCAUUUGCAUUGGCAUUGCCCUUUUUCAGACUUUCACUAUGCAUAUGGGUCAAAGCUCGGACAAGAACAAGUUCAACGUACCUACCAUCGUGGUGGAGGACGCGCAGGGUAAGCGGCGCUCGUCCAUUGACGGUUCGGAGCCCAUUAAGACCUCGUUGCAGAUAACCUACUUGAUCAGUGGCAUCGUGUUCAUCUACGACUUUCUCACUGGCUUCCCCAUUCUGGUGGUCAGCUUUGCCAGUUUGAAGUACGACCACUCCGACACCUGGAUGGUGCUGUGCGUGCUAUGGUGCUCCAUAGCCCAGUCCAUCCUUCUCCCAAUGUUCCUGUGGGCCUGCGAUCGCUACCGGGCCGACGUCAAGGUCAUCUGGGAGAAAUGUGUCGCUAUCAUGUCUAACGACGAAGUGGACGAAGAAAACAGCCAGGAUGGGGGCAUUCAUCCGGACUUAAUAUAUGACAGACCAUAUGACUAUAGCUCGGCUGCUGAUAUCAUGACGAUAGACCGUAUUGCCAAGUACAAAUUCCCGACCUUAGAAAGGGGGGUCCCCCAGGGUUAUCCAUUGAGGGAGCUUCAGGAAGAUAAAAUGCACUAUUUGCAGGUACCUCCUACAAGAAGAUAUUCCCACGACGAAACCGACAUGUGGACCACAGGCCCGAUUCCAUCCUACCUGCACCGCUGGGGUUCCACCGAGGACAUGAUGGGUGUGUCGCGUUACACCUCGAACCGCCACGAGAGGCGGCGGAGCAGCCUGGCUUCCUGUCACGAGGAGAGCGGUCGUACACAGUGCGUGCGCAGGAGCUCCGAGGGCACGCGCUCUUUCCCGCGCGCGCAAUGCUCUGAGGACGAUCUGGGCUGCUUCAGCCGCGACGAGGUGAUAAACUUCAUCGACGAGACGCCGUUAGCCAGCCCCAUCAGGAGUCCGCGCCGUGCCUCGGCUCUCUCGCUCGUAUCCGACGCCCAGGAGCGCCAAAUCAUCCUGCUUCCACAUUUCCCCCUCACGCAUUUUGAGCGGGAGCCUCAGGCGCUACGACGGGCCUCAGAACACAAAACGUCACGCACCGACCUGCAUCAGGGGUCGCCCAGAAAGAACAGCAGUAGCAGCAGGAGAGGGUCGGAAUUAGGGUUGAGCGAAUGCGGCUCAGAAAAGGGAUGUCGGGAGCAUCGGCGAGACGGGAAACGCUCACCUGAGCUGAUUUUAACAGGACAUAGCACAUGGACAGGAGCGCACUCGCCCAACAAGGGGAGAACCGGACAGAGGGACGCUAAGGGAGAAAUCGAAGGGAGCAUGAACAAUUUUAGAAACUCACAAUCACAGUCUUUGAGGUAUUUAGCAUUUAACCCCAGUUCUAUAGGAUCGACAACUUGAGAUCCUGGAGCAUUUAUUAUUAUACAUGUUACUAUUGA